ACAAAUAGAAUUUAAUCUGUACAUAAUUAACAUGAGUGUUGACACAAGAAUCUAUCUUAUCUCAUUUUUAUACUCUUGGUAAGUUGUAUGAAGUAAAUGCCCUACAAAGUAACACAGCCAACGAAUUUCGUUCCAAAAUUAACAAAAUGUCAACACAGUUCUUUUGGCUUGGCGCUGCUUUUGUGGCCGUGCCAUUAAUAGUGUACAACCUAAAUCAAGAAAUUGGAUCAGCUGAUCGCCGUGGACUCAACAGUUUGACUGUUCCCACUGUGACCAACACAACUGGACCAAGAGCAGUACCAACACUGCAGUUCGUAAUUGUUGUAACUCGACAUGGUAGCAGAGGUCCUUUAUUUACAUAUCCUACGAGUCCUUACAAGAGCAACGACAAGGGUAUCUGGCCUUACGGCGAGGCUGAGCUUACUCAGCUUGGCAGACUCCAAAUGCACCGGUUGGGAAAGCGGAUCCGCUCCAUGUACAACGGGUUUUUGGAUCCUAUCUACCGGCCGGAGGACUUUCUUGCACUCAGUACUCCAAAGCCACGGUCCCUGCAAAGUGCGCAAGUGUUUCUGGCGGGACUGUUUUCUCCGUCAGGUUUCCAAGUGUGGAACGAACACUUACUUUGGCAACCUGUACCGAUACUGCUGAACUAUCUGGAUCAUUACGAGAUUGUACCCCCUCCAGUGACAAAAUGCCAAAGGUAUUAUGAGGAAAAAAUGAAACUCCUGUCAACGUUUGAGCGAGAGUUUGAAUCAGACUUGACUGAAUUAUUUAACUAUGCCAUUCCUUACACUGGAUUCGAUAACCUCGACAUGAAGACGACAAAUUCCACUCAUAGAAACUUUGUCCUCUACUCAAUUUGGGAGUCUCUGCACAUUCCUAAAGAAGAGGGACUUCCUCUUCCCGCCUGGUCCAAGAAGGUCUAUCCACAGCCAAUCACCUCUCUGAUUGUUAAAUAUACCCAAGCAGCUGCAGUCGGUUCGGAAACUCAGAUCAGGUAUCUGCAAGGAGAACUGUUCAAAUCGAUGGCAGGAUUGAUGCUGUCUAAGACUACAGGCACUCUGAGGCCGAAUAGACGUAUGUACUAUUACUCUGGGCAUGACUUUACUGUGCUGGGUCUGCAAGCUAUUCUGGGACUGAGGAGAGAGAGCUUGGGACUGGUUAAAACAGGAUCUGCGCUUAUAUACGAACUCCAUCGUGACCCAAUGACUGGAAGGUUUUACAUUCAGGUGUUGUACAUGGACGGAACAUCACCAGACUUGUGGCCUAAAUCCAUAAACAUCCCCGGCUGUGACUCUCCCUGUGACCUUCAUCUGUUGUUGAACAUCACCGAGAAAUACUACAACAUCUCGGACUGGGAGAGAGAAUGUCAGAUUGUAGAAACAAGUUGAAUUAAACUAGAAAUAUUUACAGCGUUACAUCAGCCAAAUUUUGGAUACUCCCUUUUUACCAGAAUUUAUCACACCUUAUUGACUGAAAUUAGGUAAUUUUAUAUGUACCGUAGUAAAUACUGAUAAUUUAUUGCAUCAAUGUUAUAAUGAUACAUAAAUAAAUACGAAGCUGAGCUAUGGAUAA